CUCGUGCAGGAGGCAUCUUCAGAUUUAGCAACAAAAACAAGCUUCGGGAAAAAUGAGCGUUUCUCCGUAAAACUGGAUCUGAGCGGGACUCAUGGAGCAGAUCUACCCAGAGGAGAGUGCGUGGAGCCCGGCCUGUGCUCUCCAGAAUGCAUUGUUGCGGAUUUAAAACUCAAAACUCAAACUUUGGAUCCUUAAAAACAUGUAGUUCCUCGUGUCAACACCUCUUCACUGAAAACAUGGCUCACUCAUCCAAUCGCAGCCCGCGGACCCCAAACGCCAAAGCCACUGUCCAAUCAGAUUCAACGAUAUACAAAUAACAGCGGUAUACUUCAGCUCAACAGUAUUCACUCAAAAACACAUCAACUCAUGACCUUUGCACUUUGAAACAGCCACCACACUAUUUAAACCAUUUCACCUUUAAUUUAAGCCACUUUUGACUGAAACCACAAACAUUUCGAGAGAUUCUUCUUUUUGGCAGCCAUUUUGAAUUUUGACUGAGAAUUGCGAUAUUUUUUUUUCUUUGGGACACUUUAAACUUCAAAUAUUUGACUGAGAAAACUGAAUGAAAUCUGAUUCUGAGCCACGUCUUCAGCAGCAUUACAGAAAUUCACUUUUUUAUCUGCAGUUCUUGAUUUUUUUUGUUCUUUUCUGACAAACACAACCCACAUUUGAAGGGGGACAUUUUUAAUUUGACACAUUUCAUACACACACAUGGAAGUAUGUGACGAAGCACGGGCUCUCGGGACUGUCCGGUGACGUUUUGAUCCUUGUGUUUUAGGGAUAAAUCGUUUUUUGUAAAAUACAUUUCAGUUUUGGAGUUUUCAGACAGUCGUCAUGUGGGACACUGAAGUCUGAGCCGUUUAAAAAGUUUGUGAUUUUGACGUUUUUGAGGAACAUAAAUAUUUCUGUUCAACCCCAAACAGAGCACCAUGUUUGACCCCUGACCUCUGAUCUUUUGCUCAUUUGGAUCGGUUCUUGUGGAUUUCCUGAAGCUGUGAUUGGUUUUCUCGAAAGGUGAAUCUCGACUGAAGACGCCAUGUUGGAGAGUUGACUCUGUUCUGACCUCUGACCCUUCUGGAGUGACUUCCCGUUAUCUUGCUGCUCUGGUUUCUGAUUGGCCAAUAUGAACGGCGCGUUGCUGACCCCGCCCAGCCCUCGAGCGGCUAACUCUUCACCGCUGCCUCCCUCUCCGUCUCCCUCCCCCUCUCCCCCCUCCCCCUCUCUUCUGCCCCUGAUGCCCCGCCCCUCUCCACUGCCUGCACUAGUGACUCCGCCCCCCGCGCCGCACCUGUCGUCUCACCUGUCAUCGCUGUCAGACACGCCCACGCCCUCACCCUCGCCCUGCCUCAGCUGGACAGAGUUCUGCGAGCUUCACGCCCGUGUUGCUGCGGGAGACUUCGCUCGCCACUUUAGGGCGUUUCUGUUGGAGAACCCACACUACUCGCCUGACUCUGCUGCCGCCUUUUGUCGCCGCUUCACCGACCGCUUUGUGCGCCACUUUCAGAGCGAACUCCAGGGGGCUCCACAGAGCUCUGCGGUGGCCGGGAGAGAGGAGACGCUGUGCUCGUGGGCUCCUCAGUCUGAUGGCACGUCUCUGGAGGACGAGGAGGCUUUAUCCCCUGUGUCUGCUCCUCCUCGCGUUCUCACUAAACCUCCCUGUGUCUCCGCCUCCCGCCUUGAUGCUCCCGCCCACCCCCCUUCCUCCUCCUCUUCAUGCUCCUCCUCCUCUGUGGGCGGCAACAACGGCCGGCGACCCGCGGGGAACGGAGCCGCACCAGUCGAAGAGCAGGAAGAACCGGAGGAGGAGAGCUGGACCGGAACGGCAUCUAUCGGAGAAGAGGAGGAGAGAGGGGGCGCUAUAGAGCAAGGGGAGAACACAGACACAUCACAGAACCACACCAGUUCUAAAGGGAACGGUUCUAAAAGGCUGAAGAAGCGUUUUUCUCUGAGGAGCAUGAGCAGAAGUGUGAGAGGGAUCCUUCACUGGAGGAGCACGUCCACAGAGCUGCCACAGAGCUACAGCUACACCAUGGGGGUCCAGGACGGGGGUAAGCGCUCGCCAGGUGCCCCCCCCUCGAUGCCCGUGUCCCUGUCGAUGCCCCUCUCCCUGCCCCACUCCUCUUCCUCCUCCUCGUCUCUGUCCCAGGACCCGCCCAACCGUCGCCGUAGUAACGGAGAGAACCCGCAGCACAAGGACAAGUGGACGCAGCGCCUGGACAAACUCCGCCUGUCGCGCUCACCCCCACCUGCCCUCAGCAUGGCACCUGUCGCACCUGUCGCCAACACACCGCCCUCUUCUGCCUCGCUGCCCCCCAACGCCAGCAGGAAGCCCGGGAGACUGGUGCGAGAGGGCGGAGUCACGGUCAGCGCAUCUCAUGAUGACUUUGGGGGCGGGGCUUUCUCCGGUUUCUCCUUCGGUCUCCUCCAUCACAGCGGCGACAGCAGCCCAGCAGCCAAUCACGCGGCGGCACCGCUGCCACUUGCUGGGGGCAGCAUGGCGUGGAGAGGUGGGCGCUGGCACAAGUGUCGCCUGGUACUGCGAGAGAGAGAGCGUGAGGGCGAGCGAGGGGAGGAAUACUACCUCGAGUUCUUCAUCCCCCCAAAGGCGUCUAAACCUCGUCUCAACGCCCCCUGCUGUUCCAUCGUGGACGUGAGGAGCACCACGGCUCUGGAGAUGCCCGACAAAGAGAACACAUUUCUCCUGCAGUUGGAUGGUUCGGCGCAGUACAUGAUUGAGACUCGGGAUGCCGUGCAGAUGAGGGCGUGGCUUAGUGACAUCAGGAACGUCAUGUGCCUCAGUGAACAGGACGAGUCUGAGGGCACCGGACCUUUGGACAUCAGCGGGACUCCUGAGAUCGUGGACCGACUUUCACAAGUUUGUUACGGUGGCAUCGCAGGCUCCUCCCCUCUCAUGGACCCACUUCCUCCUGAGCUCCCGCCCCGUGCUCCACUCGACGAAUCAGAUGGCAGGAUUCUGGGAGGGGGUGGGGCCAGUCUGGGCACACCGUUCGCAGAGACGCCCGACGCCACAGGCUCGUUCCUGUUCUCUGACCCGCCCUCCUCGGACCCGGUGGAGCACCCUCUCAGUGAGUGCCAGUGGUUCCAUGGGACCCUCUCUCGGCUGAAGGCGGCUCAGCUGGUGCUGGCGGGGGGGCCGGCCUCUCACGGGGUGUUCCUGGUACGACAGAGUGAGACGCGGCGAGGAGAAUAUGUGCUUACAUUCAACUUCCAGGGAAAAGCAAAGCACCUGCGCCUCUCUCUGAACGAGGAUGGACAGUGUCGUGUGCAGCACCUCUGGUUUCAGUCCAUCUUCGACAUGUUGGAGCACUUCAGAGUCCACCCCAUCCCCCUGGAGUCCGGUGGGGCGUCUGACGUAACGCUCAUCAGCUUUGUGGGUGCCACUGCAGUCCGACAGCCAGGCCGAGACCGGGCCGGCAGUCGCGCCGCGGCCUGUGAUGUCAUCAACACGCGCCAUCCCGACUCCCCAUCAACCCCCAUCUCAGACUGUGUACUUGAUCAGCAGUCGUCCCCGUAGCCCCGCCCCAUCGCCCCCCCCACCCCUCCCCCCGAGCAGGCCGCCUCCCCCGACGCCUCCCUCUCCCCGAGACGCUUCCUCCUCCGCGACCGCCGCACCCGCCGCCUCCACCGCCCGCCCGCCGCCUCCUCCUCAGUUGCCGCACCCCACGAGUAUCGCCGCGACUACCACCGCUCCUGCCGCCGUCCCUGUGCCGAGCAGCACACCCGUUGCACCUGUCGCCCCUCCCCCGACUGGAGCAGGGACUGGCGGGGAGCGAGGAGGAGGAGCGGGGUCAGAGGAGUGGGAGGACCCUGCGUUAAGACAGCUGGAGGCGGAGUCAGAGGACGUGCUUCGAGUCCCCCGCGCUGUAGACAAUCAGUACUCUUUCUUUUAGAGGGGGAAGCGAACCCAGGACUUGGUGGUGAGAGAGUGCGGUGAUGGAUUCACAGAACGAGACUUAAGGAGGAGGACAGACUCGGAGGAGCGGACAUUUUGAAAGAGGGAAAGCCCAAACGCAGCGAGGUGGGACUCAAAAUGGCCGCCACUCAUUUGACACUUUAUUUUGAAAAGGUACGACAUAGAAGUACUAAUGACGCAAUACGCUCUGAUGGUACUUCUAAUCUCACUGGUACAAGGGAAGACCUGGUCUAGUCCUGGUUUAGUCCUGGUCUGGUACUGGUUUGGUCCUGGUUUAGUCAUGGUUUAGCCAUGGUUUAGUCUUGGUCUGGUCUCGUCCUGUCCUAAUUCUGGUUCAGAUCUGGUUGAAUUUUGGUCUAGUUUAGUCCAGGUUCAGUCCUGGUUCAGUCCUAGUUUAGUCCUGUUCAGACCUGAUUCAGACCUGGUUUAGACCUGGUUCAAUCCUGGUUUAGUCUUGGUCCAGGCCUGGUUUUGCUUUGGGCCUUUUUCGAGUUUUGCUGAAUCCAAAACUUCACAAAAAUGAUCUCAUGAAAAAAGUGUUUUCAGAGAGCGGGCGAUCGAGGUAUGGUCCCAGUACUAACACUACAGAGAGAGAGAGAUGGAGUAAUGGAGGGAUGGAGAGAGAGAGAGUGGGAGGAGGGGAGGAGGAGAGAGGGAUAGAGGAGGUGUAACACUAAAGUGUGAGUGACAGGAGCCGGUUACCUCAGAGAGUCGACUGCUUCAGAACCAGGUCCAGUUUAAAGGAGCAGUGUGAGACUCUCCAGAUAAACAUGUUCACAUCAAAUAGAACUUUUAUGACAAAAACAUUGGACAGUGUCACGUUUAUUUAUGACAUAAUCUGGUACUUCCACAGAAAAGUUCCCUAGUGCACCUUUAAACUUGUCAAAAUAACACAAUGUGAAUUCUCACCCGCUGCACAUCAACACAUCACAUUAGCGAGCAACACUUUUUUUUUCUUUUCUUUUUUCAUUUUUACCACAAUUACUUCAUGACAGUUUGAACAACUGGUCUGAUAAAAAAAGUGAGUUUAUUUACAGAAAGUCUCAUAAUGUUUGAACUUUUAUUUACAUAGUUGUUCUGUCGAGAGAUAAACGGCUCCAUAAACACAUGUGGAUCAGUUUUAAAUUAUUUUAUUUUUGUUUAAAGUAAAUGCUGUUUUGAGUCUCUGAUAUUGGCUGGUAUCAGGGAUCUGUAAUCGGAAUCUGCGCAUCUCUAGCGGGGAGCAAGAGACUUGGAGUGAAAAAACUAAAGUAAAACAUGUUAUUACGUUAUGUGUUACAGUUAAUACCCCAUAAAAGUAAAAUACUCCCUCUUUAAUACCCCACAGAAGUGUAAGUUUGAGUUUUAAAUGAAAAUAAUUUAUAAAUGAUCCAUUUACAGAAAUUUUAAUGUGUGAGUUUGAAGCGUGAGGCAGUGACUCACACAAGGAAGUACACAUGAGUUCUGUCUCCUCUGGGACUGGGGCUUUUCACUCGUACAAUGUGACCGGGGUCAGGGGUCACACACAGUUCUAUUGAUUACAUUGGACUUUACCUUGAAUUACAAACCUGAUCAUUUCUAUUAGACCAGUGUUUCUCAAACUCAUUCAGGUGAAACUUCAUUAGAGUUUGUAUAGACCUGGUUAAGUCCUAGGUUAGACCUGGAAUAGUCCUGUUCUAGACCUGGUUUAGACCUGUUUUAAAAAAAGUUUGAGAGACACUGGACUAGACCAAACUAUAUUCAUUUUAUCUGCUCCAUCUGUGCUAGAUAUGAUUAGCAAAUUGAUACUUUGCAGUGACAUCACACUGGGGGGUUUUGACAUGUAUGUCUAUGGUGAAAUGUUCAGCAGUUGACAUGGGGACACAAUGCACUGGUGAAAAGAUUAAAAUAAGUCCUAAAAAGUUACAGAGCACAUUUUCAGGAGCCUGUGAUCCAAGCGUUCACGGUCUUGUUUAGGAGUUUGAUUUUACACAAAAAGGUGAGAGGGACUAACUGGAAAACUGUUGGCUAAUGCUAGCUAGCUUGCGACUGUAAUGUUAUUUGAGAGUGACUUGUUUAACAGCACAAAUCCUGUUGUAGUUCCGGUAAGUUAGUUCUUCAUGCUCAGAUUGUGUUACUUUAAUCUGAGCUUUGUUUUAACUCGUGUAUCAGAGCUUCAGACAGAGCAGUGCCUACAGUUAGUAUCACACCCCCAGAGUAUGAAUAGAAUGUGAUCAUCUGAAACAGCGAUGGUUCUAAACAUAAAAUGGCGUUUGUUUCUGAAGCAGUCGACUGAAACAGAUUCUUACCUCAUGUUUGGGCCUCUCUCUCUGUCCUUUCACAAUAAAAGACGGUCUGCAGUCCUCAUCUGUGCUUUUAUUUUGUAAAUCCGUAACACGCUGUUUAAAGCCGGCUCAUGUUUGUGCCUUUGUCAUUUCCAUGUUUCCAAAAAAGUGAAACAUUUUGUUCAGAAAGUUUUAAAAUUUUAGCUGAUUUUUGUACCUGUGCCUUUUCGUGUUCUGCAUCUAACGACCCCCUGGAUUUAGACCUGGUUUAGACCUGGUUUAAUCUUGGUUCAGUCCCUGGUUCAGUUCUGGUUUAGUCUUGGUUUAGGCCUAGUUUAGACCUGGUUUAGUCCUGGUCCAGACCCGGUUUAUGCCAGGUUUAGACCAUGGAUUAGCUCUAGUUCAGUCCUGGUCUAGUCCUGGUUCAGCCCUGCUUCAGUUCUGAUUCAGUCCCGGUCUAGUCCCGGUCUAGUCCCGGUCUAGUCCCGGUCUAGUCCCGGUCUAGUCCCGGUCUAGUCCCGGUCUAGUCCCGGUCUAGUCCCGGUCUAGUCCCGGUCUAGUCCCGGUCUAGUCCCGGUCUAGUCCCGGUCUAGUCCCGGUCUAGUCUCUUGUCUCUAGUUGAAUCUUGUGCCUUGUGUGUUUGACUGGGACUUGAGGAACGAUUCAAUUUA